CUUCUACUCUAAUUUCUUUUCCGGCGCUGUGAUUGGUGGAAAGUAACCCGGAAGUGGUCUCCGCUGUUCUGGUUGACCGCGGAUUUCGGGGGAGGGGAACUGGCAAGUCUUGUUGGAGCGUCGGAGAGGAAAAUUAUCGCCGAGAAACGGGUUUUAAAACGUUUCCUCGGGCCGACAUUUCGUCUGGUGAUCGUGCAGGCCUUCAGGCUUGUGUAAAUGUUCUUCCAACACUAAAGACUCUUCUUUCUACGACGACUUCAACAACCGCCCGUCCGAGAUCAAAGUCAUGGCAGAGGGAGGACCAACGACUAACGCCACGGCUGCGGGGCAGACGGGGGCAGCUGCACCUGCCGCUCCGAACUCGCCCCUGCGACAGGUGCAGCAGGUGCGCGUGCUGCAGCUGAACGAUGGAGAGCACCUGAAUACCACUCUGUUCCGGUUGCAGAAAGGCUGGACCCUUCAUUUCUUCCUGGGUCCCUCGCUGUGCGCCCGGCCGGUUCGCAUCUUCGUGAACCAUCCGCCGGCGGACCGCCCGUUCCGGCGGGAUGAGUAUUACGAGCUGAAGUGGCAGUACUACUCCCAGAGCCGCUGUGAUGACUCCGACAGAUACGCUGAGCUGCAGCUCAAACUGGCCGGGUCUUUCCAGUACUUCUUUUCCUAUGACAACAGUGGAAACAAGAAGCAUGGUUCAGGGUACUUUGUUGUGGACCCCCUCCUCCCCCUCCCUGGUGGAGACAUCCUGCCGUUGGACAGCAUCUGUAUCCAGACGGUCCUCUCCAAGUGUAUCGGACCCUUCAGCAACUGGGAGAAAACCAUCCGCGUCUCCAAGGAGACUGGCUACAACAUGGUUCACCUCACACCUAUACAGGUCCUGGGCACGUCCAAUUCCUCGUACUGCCUCAGCGACCAACUUCGCAUCAACCCUGCAUUCGAAGAAGAUGGGAGGGCGCUGACGUAUGACGACGUCGCGGACUUCGUAAGCCGUAUACACAAGGAGUGGGGAAUACUGACCGUCACGGACCUGGUACUGAACCACACCAGCUCAGACAGCCCCUGGUUGGACGAACACCCGGAGUGCGGCUACAACCUCCUGAACUCCCCCCACCUCCGGCCCGCGUACCUGUUGGACAGGGCGCUGUCGCACUUUGGCAGGCAGGUGGAGGAGGGGCAGUGGGAGGGACAGGGUGUUCCAGCCAACAUCACCAACGAUGGGCACAUCAGGGCUAUGGAGCGAAUCUUACUGGAGCAAGUACUGCCUGAACUCAAACUGUGGGAGUUCUACUGUGCAGAUGUGGAGGAUCUGGUACAACAGUUCAAGGAGGCUUGUGAAGAAGUUGGAAAUGCCCUACCAGAGGCAGGGUCGAAGAAGUACCAGCUGACAGUAGUUCAGGACCCAGCAUACCGCCGGCUCAUGAGCUCUGUGGACCUGGGCAGGGCACUCACCAUCUUCAAUGUGGAGAGGACAGAUGCAGAGACAGAGAAGGAGAGGAUACAGAAAUGUAGCGACGCUUUCCGGAAGCACCUGGAGAAGUUGAACGCGGAAGUUACGAGAGACCUUCAGCAUCACCUGAAGGCAGCAGUGGAGAAUUGUGGGAAGGGUGUUGCCUACGAGCGACUCGAUGCCCAGGGACCAAAGUUGGGGCCUGUGACAAGGAAAUACCCGCUUGUUACAGAGUAUUUCCGACAGCCGAACGGCGAAAGCUCGUCCUGGCAUGCAGAUGAGAAGCUCAUGAGCAAGAAGGAGGCGCGCCUCAUCCUGGCGCACAACGGCUGGGUCAUGGGGGACGACCCGCUGCGGAACUUUGCCGAGGCCGGCUCGCACGUGUACCUGCGCCGGGAGCUGAUCGCCUGGGGCGACAAUGUGAAGCUGAGGUACGGCAAGCGCCCCGAGGACUGCCCGUUCCUAUGGAAACACAUGCUGGAGUACACCAUGGCGACGGCGCGAACCUUCCACGGCAUUCGCAUCGACAACUGUCACAGUACGCCCAUACAUGUGGCAGAGUUUAUGCUGGACGCAGCGCGACAGGUGAACCCUGACCUGUACGUCGUGGCUGAGCUCUUCACGGGGAAAGAGGACCUUGACAACGUGUUUGUGAACCGACUCGGAAUAACAUCACUUGUACGAGAGGCUAUGAGUGCGUUUGACUCCCAUGAGGAGGGCCGGCUGGUGUACCGGUACGGCGGCGAGCCAGUCGGCGCCUUCUGGAAACCCAACACGCGACCUCUGACCCCAGCGAUUGCCCAUGCCAUGUUCCUUGACCUGACCCACGACAAUCCAUGUGCAAUACAGAAACGUUCUGUGUACGACCCGUUGCCGAGCGCUGCUCUGGUUGCCAUGGCCAGCUGUGCUAUAGGCAGUACCCGUGGUUACGAUGAGCUGGUACCUCACCACAUCCAUGUAGUGGAGGAGGGACGAUGUUACCCCGUCUGGGACGACAACUCCAAGAAGGAGGAUGUUUGUUCCGUGAACAAUCGUUCCGGUAUCAUCGCAGCGAAACGGGCACUCAACCUGCUCCACCAGCAGUUGGGCAUGGCCGGAUUCAACCAGGUUUAUGUUGACCAAGUGGAUGAAAACAUUGUAGCGGUGACUAGACACUGCCCCAACUCUCACCACUCUGUCAUCCUGGUGGCCAGAACAGCCUUCAAACACCCACAUAACCCUCAAGCAACAGGCUACAUCCCUCCGCUAUGUAUACCUGGUGUUGUUGAGGAGAUCAUCCUGGAAGCCCGCUUGGUUCAGAAGUCUCCCGACGACUUUAACCAGGAUGGAACCUUCAUCAACGGACUCAACAACUACCAGCUGGAGAUGCAGGAACACAUCCAGCUGUACGGCAGUGCUAUGGUGGAGUUAUCCGGAGGGGGGGAGGGCAGGAACUCUCCAGUACAGGAGGUUGACUUCAUCAACUUUCCUCCAGGCAGCAUCAUUGCGUUUAGGGUGUCCCUCCCACAGCACACACGGCAGGCCAUCUCCUCACUCAGGAGCUGUCUGAGAGAGUUUGGAUUCCACGUACGGCCAGGGAGCCCCAAGGGGGAGCAGAGGUGGGACUUCCUCAGUAUCGUUAAUGAUCUGUCCCUGUCAGACAUGAACCGUGUGCUGUACCGAUGUGACCCAGAGGAGAGGGAUGAGGGGUGGGGAGGAGGGGUCUACCACAUCCCUGGGUGGCAGAGCCUCAUGUACUGUGGACUACAAGGUUUCAUAUCUGUGAUGGCAGACAUCAGAAACACCAAUGACCUUGGCCAUCCUUUCUGUGAAAACCUUCGUCAGGGAGACUGGAUGCCAGACUAUAUCGCAAACAGGCUUGUCAGGCAUAGGUCAACCAAAAAGCUUGGCAAGUGGUUUGAGGGUGUAUUUGAGUCCCUGAAGGAGAUCCCGAGGUAUCUGAUCCCGUGCUACUUUGACGCCAUCUUGGCGGGAGCAUACGCCACCAUCACAGAGAUGACCUGGGGACAGAUGUCUGAAUUUGUGACCCAGGGCUCGACACUGGUGCGUGCUCUAGCCUUGGGAUCUGUACAGUUCUGUGGAGACGUGGCGUCUUCCCCCCUCCCACACCUCUCCAAUAAGAUCCUGAAGGACAUCCCAACAGUGGUGAAUGAAGAAACAGGUCGAAGGGAACAGAGAUGUAGCACCCUCGCUGCUGGACUACCCCACUUUUCCUCGGGGGUGAUGAGGUGUUGGGGGAGGGACACAUUCAUUGCGCUUAGAGGACUUCUGUUGGUGACUGGUAGAUACAGUGAUGCAAGGAACCUGAUCUUGGCGUUUGCCGGGUGCCUGCGUCACGGUCUGAUCCCGAACCUGCUGGGAGCGGGGGCGCACGCCCGCUUCAACUGCCGUGACGCGGUGUGGUGGUGGCUGCAGUGUGUGCAGGACUACUGUACCAUGGUCGACGACGGGCAGGACAUCCUCACUCUCCCAGUGUGCCGUCUGUUCCCAACCGAUGACAGCCCUCCCAGGGAUUCAGGGUACCAGGAAGAACCACUCUACAAGAUAAUCCAGGAAGCUCUCCAGCGCCACGCCCAGGGGAUCUCAUUCCGCGAGCGACACGCCGGGCCGAGUCUGGACAUCAACAUGUCAUCUGAAGGGUUUAACGUGAAUGCAGGUGUGGACUGGGAGACAGGAUUUGUGUUUGGAGGCAACGAGCACAACUGUGGGACGUGGAUGGACAAGAUGGGGGAGUCAGAGAUGGCAGGCAGCAAGGGCAAACCUGCUACACCCAGGGAUGGAUCAGCAGUUGAAAUCGUGGCCCUUUGCAAGUCCACACUAAGAUGGUUGGUGGCCUUACACCAGAGCGGUGCCUACCCCUACGACGGCGUCUCGUUCCAAAAGGACGGGAAGGAAACCACGGUGACCUUCGCCGAGUGGGACGCGAAACUCCAGGAGAACUUUGAGAAGAAGUUCUGGGUUGCGUCGGAGCCGUAUGAGGAAGAGGAGAGUCCUGGUCUGAUCCACAGGAGAGGAAUCUACAAGGACAGCGUAGGGGCGUCGUUUCCGUGGACAGACUACCAGCUCCGCCCUAACUUCUGUAUUGCCAUGGCAGUGGCACCAGAGCUGUUUACACCAGAGAGAGCCUGGAAAGCCCUUGAGAUUGUGGAAACUGUCUUGCUUGGACCGCUUGGAGUGAAGACUCUGGACCCUAAAGACUGGAAAUAUCGGGGAAACUACAUCAACUCUGUGGACAGCCAUGACAUGGAGACUGCCAGGGGCUUCAACUAUCACCAGGGACCGGAGUGGCUGUGGCCGGUAGGUUACUUCCUGAGAGCCAAGCUGCAUUUCUCCUCCCUGGUGGGCGGGGCCGACACCUUCUACAAGUGCAUCGACAAGGUCAAGGUCACACUGUCCAACCAUCACCAGGCCCUGCUCAAGUCACCGUGGAAGGGUCUGCCUGAGCUGACCAACGCGGAGGGCGCCUUCUGCAAAGAUGGCUGCCCGACGCAGGCCUGGUCGGCGAGCACGAUACUGGAUGUCCUGUACGACAUGGACAAGUUGGUCCGAGGAAACAACCAGACGAGCACGGUUUAACGCCGCAGACACGAGCAAAUGUUUGAUAUUAGUGUUUCCAGUAAGGAAAGAAAAUAAGGGAAAAAAAAUUAAAGCGUUGCAGAUGCUGUCAGCUAGUUUGCUGCCACUAGACAUCCAGAUACAGGGAGGCAGUCUUGUAAAUUGGUGGGAGUUUUGAUCUAGAAUGCCUUUGGUCCAGAAUACAUAUUAAACAGCGAAUGUUUAUCAGUGUUUCCAGUAAGGAAAGAAAAUAAGACAAAGAAAAUUAAUCAAAAGCGUUGCAGACGCUGUCAGCUAGGUUGCUACCACUAGACAUCCAGACAAAGGGAGGCAGUCUGACUUGUAAAUUGGUGGGAGCUUUGAUCUAGAAUGCCUUUGGUCCAGAAUACAUAUUAAACAGCGAAUGUUUAUCAGUGUUUCCAGUAAGGAAAGAAAAUAAGAGAAAGAAAAUUAAUCAAAAGUGUUGCAGAUGCUGUCAGCUAGUUUGCUGCCACUAGACAUCCAGACAAAGGGAGGCAGUCUGACUUGAAAUUGGUGGGAGCUAGAGUAGAAUGCCUUUGGUCCAGAAUACGUAAACAGUUGUAGUUAAUUUGCAGAAACUACGUAGCAAAAGGAACAGAAUUUUGGACUCUAAUCUGUUGUCUUCCUAUGAGUCAGUCAUUUCGAGUAGUUUCAUUUGUCUUGUCUGUUCAGGGUUUCAAUGAAGAUGCACCUCAGCUGCUGUAGAUAGGAAUGGUCAUUAUUGUUUCAACACUGUGUUAUCCAAGGAUUGAAAUUGCAUUGUAGAGAAUUGGCACAAGACAAUGUAAAGCCCCUGUCACACAUUGCUGAAUCCGGCUUCCAGAACACUGGCCAAACUCCCCCCAACCAUGGCUAGGCUUAGGUCAGGCUAGGAGUAAGGUCGGCUGUAGUUGGCUGGUGUUCGGUGAGGUCGACUACUGUUUGGCAGCUGAAUGCUUCAAACUGAUUAAAACUUUUGGGUGUGGCCGGGACCGGGAGGUUCAGUCAUGGUUGACUGGUGUCUGGGAGUAGGCCAGUAGUGUUCGCGUGUAGUUGGGGAUCAAAUUUGAUUCAAAUUUAACUCAAAUUUGAUUUGUGUAGAAAGGUAGGCAUGGCCUAAAUCUGGUCAGACUGCUCCCGAACUUAAGUCAGCCUUGCUUCGUUGGUGGUGGGGGGAAUUUUCUGAAUGUGUGACAGGGGCUUUAAAAAUCUGGCUGAGAUCUAAGGUAAGAGCUGCGUUUAUUGCUCACUGAAGAAUACGCAGUCAUGAGAUUAUUGCAGUAAGACAGUUAUAUAGACUUGCAGUAAGGAAUUGUUCUUUUCCUUCCACAAGUUUGUUGAAUGUUAUCUUCAAGUUGACUUCAGUCAAAAGAAGCGGUGUUGCUUCCAAGGACAAAUUUCCUUCCUGCAUACCUACAUGUACCCAUUGUAAAAUUUAAUGCCAGCAAAACUGAAGAGGCCGAGAGGUUUAUAAGGAGUGCAAUGUCUUUGUUAAGAAAGAAGAAAGCGCCAUUGCUUAUAGAAAUUGAAUUGAAAAAGGCUAGUUUAAGGCAAUGAGUUUGUGACCAAGGAUCUUUACUUGUGAAAUAAGUUGUUGAGUAAGGCUAAACUGCUUGAUAUUGUUGUUGAACUUCUUCCUACUGGAAAACUAACAGACAUCGGCAUAUGUUAACUUUGCAUCUACAAGGCUUAUACAAGUGACUUGUAAUGCUGGACACAACAGGAGCUGACAAGUGUUUGACAUUCACAACAAAAAAUAAUGCAUUUUAAGAAGUGAAUCACAAGAAAUCAUUCUGUAGUUGAAAGAGUAUCUUAUUUUAUCCCAUGUGGAACAAAAGUUAAAUACAAAGACAGAAAUUUAGACAAUCCAAUGCAGUUUUAAUUUUUUUGUUGCUUUUGUUUUCCAUGUACUAGUAUUUUACCUCCGCAUCGAAAAUACGAAAAAAAUUGAACUACUAUUAAUAAUCAAAAUUCAGAUCAAUGAACAUCUGGCUAUUUUAGAUAUGCAGUUGAGUAAACAAAACUAGUAAACUUUUGUCAAAAAUUCUUAGAACGGAGACUUGAUCAAGAAAAUAGACAUUCAAGAAUUUGUGCCCGUUUUUGUACCUUCCCAAAUCCGAGUGGCUUCCCCUUUUGUUCUGCUGAGUGAAACAAAAAUUUAAAUCCAAGAUUUAUCUGUCCUUAAAUGAAAAGAUGAAAAAGAAACUACUCAAAGUCUGUAAUGUUAAUCCAAGGUGCUUUAGAGCGUGCUUUUUCUGGGGAAAAAAAGGCGCAAACAAAAUAUGCUGCAGUAAAUAUUAGAGUUCAGCGAUAGAAAUUUGUAUUAAAAAACAUGAAAAUUGAGAACUAACAUUUAGAAGUAAAUCAUUUAGUUCCAUGGAGGAGGAAAAACAUAAAAAUUUGUGCCCAAUGUUACUGAACCAGCCCCUUCCUAAGGAAAGUUCAUUCCCCAUGCAAAUUAAAGAUGUUACUGAAUGAGCCCUUUGUGCAAAAGUCUCCAAGUAUGAUUAUGUAAAUGUGAGAGUUGAAUUUAUGGAAAGUAGAAGCAAGAGAGAUAUCAGACAAUAUAAAAAAGAAGCUAUUGUUAGAUAUACCUUUAUAUAGUAUAUGUACAGGUGAAUUAAUGUCUAGGAAAAGGAAAGUUUUGCAAGUUACAAAGUUUUGUUAAUUGAGGUAAUGCAUUGAGCUGGUUUGUUGUUUAAGCUGGCCAUUUUAUUAGAUCUAAUGUGUACCCUAUAAAUUGUAGUGAAAUGAGGAAUGGGAUGUGCCAAGUUGGGGAAAAUUACAUACAAAUGCUGAAUCUUUGCUUGGUAUUGAAUCUAUAUUUUACUUAGUGAUACUGACUUUAGGUAACUGUGACACUCUUUGUCAAAUUCAUCUGAAAGCGACUCUUUUCCCAAAAAGAGUCGAUUUAGAAAGCAGGUGACACUCAUGUUCACAAAUAUUAUAACAAUAUUGAACAAUCAGUUUUUCUUUGGGAACAAAAUUAAAAUGUACUUUUCAAAAGUGGAAAAAAGUUCUCUGGAUUUUUUUUUAAUAAACAGUGGGUGAUUUUAUAAAUUGAUUGGCAAAUAAGUAGUGCAGGACUUUGUUUGGUAUAAUUACCAUACAUGUAUUUUCGUAAAGAAUUUUGUCUAAUUUUGUCUUUUAGCAUGAUAAACCCCCCAUUUGGCACACUCCCAUACUCCAACUUUCUUCAAGCAGAUGUUGGGUAGAAAGGUUUUUUUUUUACUUCCAUGACUUCUGUAACAGCCACAACCCCAACAGCAGUAGACAAUAUUGUGAUUUUCCACCCAACAUCUGCUUGGAGAUUUUUCUCUCCCACUCCUACUCAUCCACUGGUGUCACAGUUGUACGGGUUUUCUGCACUGUCAGUAACUUCAAGCUGCUACGUUGUGAUUGUUUUAUACCAUAGUUUUGUAGCUACAUGAUAUUGGAUGUGGCUUUGGGACAUAGAAUUAAACUAUGGAACAUG